UCGGGGGAACAUGGCGGAAGCUCCGUUGGAGGAGAGCGUGAGCCCGAUUCUGUUACCAGGCACCGGCUCGGUGGCAACCGGCCUCCUGAGCCAACUUCAGGCAACAUCCUGGGACCCGACCCUCAGCACCGACUGGGAUAGCGAGAAGCCCUCACAGCCCUGUCUACUCCGCAUCAAAAGGGAUAUCAUGUCUAUUUACAAAGAACCUCCACCAGGAAUGUUUGUUGUCCCAGAUCCACAAGAUAUGACCAAGAUUCACGCACUUAUUACAGGACCCUUUGACACACCUUACGAAGGAGGUUUUUUCCUUUUUCUGUUUCGCUGUCCUCCCGACUAUCCAAUCCAUCCACCAAGGGUCAAGCUCAUGACAACUGGAAACAACACUGUGCGGUUUAACCCAAACUUCUAUCGGAAUGGCAAAGUUUGCCUCAGCAUUCUUGGCACGUGGACAGGGCCUGCCUGGAGCCCGGCCCAGAGCAUCUCUUCUGUACUCAUUUCCAUUCAGUCCCUUAUGACCGAGAAUCCAUAUCACAAUGAGCCAGGUUUUGAACAGGAGAGGCAUCCCGGAGAUAGUAAAAAUUACAACGAAUGCAUAAGGCAUGAAUCCAUCAGGGUAGCAGUUUGUGACAUGUUAGAUGGCAAGUGUCUGUGUCCAGAUGCACUAAGAGGUGUGAUGGAGAAAUCUUUCCUGGAAUUCUAUGACUUCUAUGAACUGUCUUGUAAGGACCGGCUUCAUCUACAGGGACAGACCAUGCAGGAUCCUUUUGGAGAAAGGCGAGGUCAUUUUGAUUACCAGACCUUACUGAAUCGCCUGCCGGCUAUAAGACAGAGAUUGAAAAAGAAAAAUGAAGAAGAAGCAAUAGAGCCAGACUCUGACAGCAGCUCUUCAGGAACCGAGCAAGACAGUCAAGGCACUUCUCAUCCCUAGACUACAAACACUGGAACAGCCUGUGUCUGUGAUAGUGAGGAUCCAGGGAAGCUGGGCUAAAGCUCAGGCAUCCAGGAGUGAGACCUCUCACAUGGUUUUGUAUAUAGACCAAGGAUCUGGUAUCUUUGUGGAAGCCUGUUUUUACUCAGCUUUGGCUUUGUAAUGGUAGAAAGGAGAGAAUUGGCUGGGUAAGAAUCACUUGAUUAUAAUUUUUAAAAAGUUUUAGCUCUCCAGUCUUACUCUUUUUCUUGCAGGGCACUAUUUUCCACAGUAAAACAUUGCUCUGUUAUGUCCAUUGUACCCCACAAGGUUUAGCCUCGAGCCUCAUCCUUGUCAGUAUAGCCACCUGUAGGAGACAGUGUGGAUGGUUGAUUUUUUUUUGUAUUUUGAAGACUAUGUGAGAACACCUCCGGAGACUGUCUCUGGUGUAAUGAGAAUGUGCAAGUAUUCAUGAGCUGAUGAGUUACAUGUUCAGUCAUCUUGCAGCAGUACUGUGUAAUGGGUGCCCUGAAGCUGGUGUCUGUCAACUGUGUUUAGAUGUCAGUCACAAAAGCUACAGAACUAAUUUACUUCAUUUAACAAUGACUUCUCCUGAUAUGGUGUUGAAUCUUUGGCAAAUUGAUACAUAUACCUGUUUUAAACCCUUGGAUUUUUCUAACAGCAUUCAACACAGUUUUGUUAAAUGUGUGACAACCAUUUACUUAAGGGUUGUUUCUUAUAAGUGUCCACAUUGAUGACAUUUGGUGUAAAACCUGAAAUGUUCCCUUGGUGGACAACAUCUCUUCAUGUUUAACUCAGUUGGGUAAAACACACAUUAUUCAUGUUUCUCUUUUGUGGAGGAUUUUUGUAACACCCACCAAGCAAUUCUGUACUGACCUAUGGCACCAUAUAGUCAUGUUGAUAUUGUGUCUACCUUGUAACAGAGUACCAACUUUAAAGGAAGAGUGACUGUCAUUAUAACUCCUCUUAUUGGGCUUCCAACGAUGCAUAUUUUUUUAGAGAGGGAUCUACUGCACUAUAUAAACUGGUCAUCCACUUGGGAGAGACUUGAUCUGAUGUUUAGUGCAGUUUGACAUCUUUAUUUCAUAGAUUGGCAAAAAUCUAGAAUUUAUCACAGUCAGUUCUGUUCGCAUGCAUGGUGGCUGCAGACUGCACACUUGUAAUCUGUUCUGGAAUCUGUUACUCUUGUUUAGAAAGCUUAUGGGGGGUAUCGAGCUGUGGAAAAUUAAAUAGAGACAUGAUAAAGAUUCAGCUAAUUGCAACUUGGAUUACUGUGGUAGAAAUAUCUGCUAAAAAUAUCCUCUCAACCAGUUGUCUCAAAGUCUUGCAUUAUGUGUAGGGCAGAGGUUUGGAAGUAAUUUCUGGUCAUAGAAAAUGCAUCUCUGGUUGGCCAAUGCACUGUCCAAUUUUGUUUAAGUAACUUAAAUCUUGAGGUAAAUACAAAUCUUUUUUGAAAUAGUUUGCUGUGCAUAUUAUAUCAAUGCGAAAUUCUGCUCUCCCUUACGCAUGUGAGUCCCUCACUGUGCUCUGAGCAUUCCUUCUACUCCCCCACAUGCAGGUUCAGAGAGUCCCAGGGACUGCAAAGGUGCAAUUUUAUAGUUUCAGUCUGAUCCAGUCACUAUCUUUUAACCUGUUUGACUUCUGGUCCAUUGAGGAUUUGCUGAGUGGGUGAAUGACACAAACUGUUGCUUGUGAUCACAUAAAAUUUUUUUAUGUGAUUCUAGAUUCUGUUUGGAUAAAACCUGAUGUCACCAUAAAUGAUUCUUAGUACUACUCUUUAAGAUUUAACGACCCCCAUUACAAAGGGGGAUGUUUUAAGAAACCAUUAACUUUUUUAUUUGACAACUUUGUAAGCCUGCCUUUUGUGAUUCCCAGGAGGACAACCAAUGGAAGGGUGGAAAGCUCAACCAUUCAGUGCACUCCAAAUUUUUAGUUUGACAGAAUAGCACCUGGUAGAACAUGUUGGAAUAUCAGAUGAAAAUCACCUGCUGGUACUGUGAUUUUGGGACACUUUUUUUCUUUGAGAGUUUCCGCUCAGUCCAAUGCAGCUUUGUCCCAGUUUCAAUUUUGUUUGUCCAGGGUUUGUGAAUACUAAUAGUUUCAACAUCAUGCUUGCUCCAACAUAACAAGCCACUUACGGGAUCAAUUUGAUGUGUGAAAAGUUCAGCAAGUAACAACGACAGCAGUACCCUCACCCUUUCUUGAUAAUAAUGAAAAUUCCUGUGUUCUUAUUCCCUUCCACUAAAAGUCUCCCCAAUCUUGCUCCUAGUUCCUCAGGCUGUGGUCCAGUGAGCUAAAUCACAAGAAGUAUAGGAUAUUUAAAACAUUGUACCAAAUGCCCUACUGUUGUGAUGUGACUUUAGAUUAUUCUUAUGUCACAAUUACUAUUACAAUGUACAGUUGUACAAGUUUUAAAGAAACCAUUUGAUGCUAAGAUUGUAUGUAUUAAAGUGGCAUGGUGCAGGGCACUUCAUUCAGGGUUAAGUGAACAACUAUAUAAGAAUUUCUUGGAGGCAAGAGUGUCCCUUUUUUUGCAUCCCUCCCGAAAUCCUGUCUGCUGAACAUAUUGUACAUAUUGCAGCAAUGAGACUGUUGUGUGUUGUGGGUCCCCUUGUGACUCUGGAUGAAGGUCCAGUGUUUCAGAAGAUUCUUCACCAUGUGAUUGCAGGUUGUUUCAGGAGAUACAGGUGAGAGUUGCUGAUCUCAUCACCUCAUUUCCACUAGUGCCAUUUACAAUAAGUUCAGGGACACUUCAGUUAACACCUUUCCCUUCAUGUUGCUGGACCUGUGCUGAAGAUACUGUUUGUUUUGGAAUUAAGGAAAGAAACUGAUUUUGUUUUCUUUGCUUCUGAGAUGCUCUGAGCAAUUAAGCAGCUCCCAACUCUUGCAACUGAUAAUGCAAAACAUUACCAUUGGUUAAGUAGUAUAAAAUAAGUUUUAAAAUAAUUCAGCCCAAACCAUUGAUUUAGAAGUCGUAAUAAUGGCUUAAAAUCUCCUGUUCUUUAAUGACUUAAGUAACUUUACACCUUGUUUGUAUUUCUGGAACCUUCUUAGUCACAUUAUUGGAUUAACUUUCAAAAUAAAGUUUAACCCAUUGUUACACAGGUUAGAGCAAUGGGACUGUUCAUCUCAUAAAUACUUGGCUGCUUUGUAAUGCCAGAUUUGAUGAAUGAUGAAUAGCCUAUCUGUUACCAUGUCAAAGUGAUGCCAUCGUUUGCUAACAAGCCAUGUGAAACUAUUAAUCGUGCAAUUCUGUGCACUGUCUGGAAACUGUAAAGAUUUUUCUUGUGUGUAAAUAGCCUGAACAUUUUGUUCCCUUUUCAUGGAAUUGAGUAAACAACAUUUUCUUUCAAUAUUUCAGCACAGUUGGCUGAAAAGAAUCCUCAGGCCUUGGGGUAGAGUGAAGUACAACCUGGAUCUGGGUGUUUAGCUGCUGUUUUGUAUGUUGGUGUUAGAAGCCAUCUCUGCACAUCUUCAGAUUGCAUUGUAAAGGUGAAAAAUUGAACUUUUUUUAGGUUAAAUCAUAGCUCACAAUGUAUUACUGGGGAGAAUUUGUGGUAGAAUUGGUGGGGAGCUUCCUGCAAAAUUUCUCUUGCAACUAUUUACAACUUCUCAUUCCAUUGGCCGUGCUUUGUGACUCAACGCUGGGACUGUCAUUUACCAGUGUUGACUGUAAGGUGAUUGUGGUGCAAUAGUUGCUCUCAGCCUGCCUGCCUAGAAUUGGAACCAACAGCACAAUGGUUCUGAGCAUGGAGUAGUGUCCAUUGACUGUUGCCAGAAUAUGAGCAUCAUGUAAGUACAUAGAUUGGAUGCAGCUAUAAAACCCAAGACAAAUUGAGUAGGAGACCUUACUGAAGAAUUGCAUGCAGGUAGGGAGUUGGGGCAGACAGAGGAACUGCUCCCAUUGAGACUCUGUGUCUAUGAUUAUAGUUAAAUUUUGCAAUGACUCAUUCACCCCAAACUACCAAUAUAUGGGCUGGGGUGCCAAUCUCUAUGAAGGUAGCAUACUAAACUAUUGCUACUUAUUCUGUGAACUGUGACUGGGUUUGACAUCAUGGACCUAGUUCAAGUUAAUCGCUUUGGGACUGUUUUAGGAAUCAGGGGCUUUUUGAUACUGAUUGUAUGGGGCUCAAGGUAUUGACUGAUCCCAGCAGAUUAGUCAGCCCUGUUAGAUAUCUGCAAUUGAACGAUAUCACUUACCAUAUAGUAUCGUACAGAUCAAGCUUAUCACUGGCUUCCUGAACACAAUAUUUCAGGUGGUCCAAAGGGGUUACACAAUUUCUAUGUUUAGCACCAAGGACCACUUGGUCAUAAAGAAUGUGAUUUGAAACUUUUAUGAGAUUACCUGUUGAACAGUAUUACACUGGUCUGUUGCCUUUGACAAUAAUUCUAAACUUGCCCUGAGUAUUUUCUCAAAAUAAUGCAAUGUAUGUUUUAUUUUCCACAGGCAUCCAGGGACCCCAAAUUAUAAUAAACUUGAGUAUGAAUAGAAUCCUGGUUUGGUUUAAAGAUUGUAGCAGAUAACUUGAAAACUUGCAUAUUAAGAGUUAUCAAAACUUUUUUCUCCCAAACUGAUAUUGUCUCCAAUUAACCUAAAAUGGUUUGAUAAGCUCCUCUGCACAGUUGAGUUGGUGAAUAUGUCUGCCACUGGAACUAAGUCAUAAAAACCAGAGCUGUCCCCUGUCCAAUUCAUCAGCAAAGUCUGUAAUACCAGUGCAAUAUUUAGGCUGCUUUUGUUGACCUCAGCAUCUGUGGGUGGGGGGUAAAGGUAACAAACAGCCACUGUUUCUGCCCUGACCAGUAAAAGAAGCAUUAGCUGGAAUAUGCACACUUGUUGAGUUGCAGUCAUGUUAAGGUGUGCUACGCUCCACAGUAGCCUACAGUUUGCUCAUUAGGAUAGAUAUUUGGGGCAUGGUACAGAAAGAGCCUAUGCUUUCGGCAACCAUACCAGCAAAUGCUUGCUGCUUUCAAGGUGAGAAAUAGGUACAUACUUUACAAAAUAGUUGUAAAUUCCCUAAAAUGAAGCCACAUCAGAGAUUAGGUUUAUAUCUAUGGUGCUUCAUUAUCAGGGUUGAACGUUACACUCCAAUUAAUGGCAAAGGCUGAAGUGUAGGUUUUCCCGUAAAUGUAUAAAUAUGAUAUACAUAGAUUUUUAAAAUUGUUUGUUAUUUGAGUUCUCACACUCUUGUUAAGUUCCUAAUUGGGUUCCUCAAGCGUUGGAGUUGAUGUCAGAACACUUUAACAGUCUCGUUUGCAAUUUCAGUUAGGGUGAUGGCUAGCCAUCCUCUAUCCACUAUUUUAAUGCAAAUUCACAUUUUCCCUAAAGAGAUCCUGAGACCUGUUUUGCAAUUUGUUUUAAUUUUAUAAUCUACAGUAGUAAUGUCUUGUCACCAUUCGGGUUUCUAACCACGUGUAAUUAAACAGAAAGAUGGUCCAGUAAAGGAAUACAGGGAUGAGAUAUCAUUUCCAUUUGGUAACCUAGUUUAUACUGCAUAUAUCUGAAUCCAACCUUGUUGCAACACAGCAGAGCCCCUUUAACAGUUAAUGUCAUUUUCAAUGGAAAUGCUUCAAUGCACCCAGAACAGUUCUUCAUUUAAUUCAUUUACUGACUUAAGUUCAGAAUUGAAUCAGCUUUGUUUUCUGCUUUCAAACGUGUGUCCUUCCAAUCUGAAACCAGUUAUGCAUUAAAGCAAGUUUUCCUUCACCGCUAACCUGUCGCUGUGCUGGGACAAAUGCAUUUAACAAGAUCCAUUUUAAUACAAUUGGUUAGCUAUUCAAUUACAAUAUUUGACCAGCAUUCCAUGGAAUUCUAGUGAUUUCUGAAGAUUCUUACACUGCCUUGACAAGAUGAAUAAUUGUAUUCCAGUUUUACUGAAUUGUGAUUGAGGGUAGUUGAUCCUUCCAUUUUGAGGAAAGAUCUUAUCAAACAGGACUCUUAUUUUACUUCAGAUGGAUUGAGGGAAGUAGCCCUGCCUUUGUUAGAAAGUAGGAUACAGGUCAGUUAUGAAUGCAACAUCUUUGAGCAGGAUAACCAGCUCUACUUUGAAAGGAUGUAACCUUAGAAGUCUACUGUCCAAUAGAAUCUGAAGCCUACAGGGUUAGUGUGAAAGAGAAAGUUGAAAGAUUCCAUCAGGCUAAUGUUAAAACAUACCGGUGAGGAAUUAGUCCAGUACUUAGAACAUAUUGCAUUAUUUUUUAAAAAUCUCUAAUUGAACUGCUGCAAUUCACCCAGGAUAAACAUAUCAUAUAUAGCAGUCAUCCGUGCCGUUGCUGGUUCUGUUUUGCAUUUGAUAUCAUCGAUAGUAACAUGUUUGUUUUACUUUUGGGCCUCACCUUAAACUUGGCUGCACAUUAUUUCCAAUUCCCAUUUUAGGCAAGACAUUGACACAGUCACUGCCCUGACCUAGGGUAAUGUUCCCAAGGCCAGAGAUGAUGAGAGUACAAUGAGGAUUUUCGCUACUUACAGCAGUAUUUCAGAGCCUGGAGCUAUGAGGUAUAGUUAAUGUGAAAAAUGUUCCUGUUUAAAAGGGAUGCUCAUCUUUUGAAAGGCCUAGUGAUCAGAGUUCAUUCCACAACCAUCAUGGACUAGUUUCAGUCAAAUUGCUGAGGCACCUCCCCCUAUCCCCCAGCACAGUAUUCACUGCCAUCUGUUGGCAAACUUCGAUAAACAUCCCUCUCUGCUAUGCACCAAGGAGAUAGUACCUUUCACUUCUAAACUGAGGUGCAGAAACUUGAUUGUAAUAUUGUCCAACAUUUAGUAUCUGCUAAAUGUAGGAUGUCAUUGGGCCACAUGGAACAGAAUAUUCUCUGAUUCAUCCCAUGGUUUGAGUGGAGUUGCUGGCAAUUGGCCUCACUUCUCAGCUAGCCUUUCUAUCUCCAGUCACUCCCUGGCGUCCCCUGUGGGAAAAGUGCUUGUGCAUAAGGCACUCUCAAACCAGUGACUCACGCUGUUCUUUGUCGUAUUGAACCUUAAACAAUGGUCAUUUGCAGGACUUAAUAGAUAUGGACCAUGUUAUAUUUGAGCUGUACCUCAGCAGUGAGUAAGAAAAAGACACAUUGUAUGAGGUGAGAGUUUCGUGUAAAACACAGCUUCUUUGGAAAAUUUUCAAAAAUGUCUUUUUCCUGCCUUGGUUUCUCAUGUUACCUACACCUCACUGUUAUGCUGCCUUACAAGACAAAGUACCUAGGUACUGGGAGUGACUGCGUAUUUUAAGUACAAGAUGUGUUGCUGUGCUAGUGUGCCCUCUUCUGAUGAGGGACUCCCAUUCCUGUUAGGUGAUAAUUUAAUCACCAACUUGUCUGGACACAUCUGAAAUGGGUACCAGAUGUAAUUAUCUUUUGGAUUACUUGCUGUGGAUUAUGUACACAUCUGUUAGCUAGCUGGUACUUCAUUUCAGGGUAACAGGAGGAAAGGGUAAAACCCCACUGAAUUGCCAAUCUGGUACUGCUGGUUCGGCUCAGCUAUAACACCAAUUUAACAGAUACAGGUGGUUAAAGAUUGUCUAAUCGUGGUUAACGACUAAUAUGCAAACUAGGAAAAAAAGCACUGAUGUUUAUAUUGUUUCAUAUUGUAUAUAAGUGACAAUUCAAAUUUUUGGUGCAAUAAAAUUUG